AUGGUUUUUGCAAGUUUGGUUGAAUAUGCAGUAGUCAGUUAUAUGAAUAAAAAAUUGGCUCAAAGACGUGAACGACGUCGGAAACAGGCUGAACAACAGAUGCCAGUCGAGAUGCCAAUGUAUAGCCAAGUCUCACCAACCCUUAAAGCUAAAGCGUCAUAUCAAAAUAUGACUCUUAUCAAUGAUAACUAUGUUUCGCCGGGCAGAUCCUCAAUGAAACACAUGGAUACAUUCUUCGGUGCAACAGUUCGGAAUCCGAGUCUGAGUAUAACAGAAGCGAUGAUGCCGAAAUGUGAUUGUCAUACAAUUCCAUUGAUUCAGAAUCCACGACUAGUAACAGAUAAGGCUUUAUGGCCAGCACCAUUUGUAAAGCCAAAACGUGCUACACAGACGUGUAGAAGUGUCACGCCAUCUAAAAUUGAUAAAUGUUCACGCUUCAUCUUUCCCAUACUUUUUUUCACUUUUAAUUAUGGUUACACCACUGCAACCAUACACUAUCACUGGUGCCAGUUGAAAGAUGAAAACUGUAAUUCUGCGGUGAAAGUUGAACCAUUCGAAUUGCCGAGCUACCGAUUCACUAGCUUGUGUAUUAACAAAACUAUUGCGACCACUUCAUCUGGCUCUUACUCUCGAUUAUGGGCUCAAUUUCUAUUCGUAAGAGAAUCUGCUUUCUACAUGGUUCAAAUUUACGUUCCCGCAAUGCUUGUCGUUUUUAUCAGUUGGGUAUCAUUCUGGAUUAAUCGUGAAUCUGCCCCUUCUCGUACUGUUAUCGGAACACUUACAGUGUUAACAGAAACGCAUCUUCUAACGGGUACCAACCGACGACUCCCACCUGUUUCUUAUGUUAAAGCUGUAGAUGUAUAUCUCGGUUUCUGCUACUUAAUCGUUGUUUUGGCAUUAAUUGAAUACGCUGUAGUUGCAUACUCCAGUAAGAAAUACGAAGAUAGGAAGCGAAACAAGAACAAGAAUAUCUUCGAACCCAAACCACAACUUCCAGCGCCAGACCUUCUUCGAGAUGCUCGCAUUGAUAAAUGCACUUGCGAAUCAGAUAUCUCAAUAAUUGCUAUUGCUAAACAACCUCGAACAUGCAACAACUGCUGUUCGCACAGUCGAAUCGAUCUUACUGCUAGAAUUGUCUUCCCUAUUUCGGUGAGUAGUAAUAAACUUUAUUUUCUUAGGCAAAUUGUCUAA